AUGGCUUCUCUCAGCGUUGAAGAUGAAACUUAUUUUGCCAAUUUCAAACACCAUCUUAGAAAGGAGCUCAAUCUUUAUGAGCUUCUGAAGGAAGCAAGAGAGAAGGGUUUUGAUGAAAGCGAGCAAGUUGGUGGAAAAAUUGCCGUUCUGAGGGAAGAGAUUGCUAAGCGAAAGAAAACCAUUGAAAUGAUCGAGAUUGCUGAUUCUAUUGCAAAGGAGGAACAGGAACUGAUUACAAACCGCAAUAAGAUUCAUGCAGAAAAUGCAGAUGUUACUAAGCGAACUUUCACCGUGUACGAAAGUUCCGUUACUAACUACAAUGGCCUGUUUCAAAAGUACGAGGAAGCGAUCAAGCAACUUGAAAAAGAAAUUGAAGGUUACGAGACCGAGAUUGCUUCGUUGAAAAAUGAACUGUCCUUGCUGAAGAAUCCGAAGAAUCUAUUUGCUCUAGCUUGCCAGGAACUUCAGCCAUCAUGUGGGAUUUGCUUUGAAAAAUACGACGAGGAAAAACACAAGAAGGCUGUUAUAACAAAGUGUGGCCAUACAUUUGGACGACCUUGUCUCAUGAAGCUCAAAGAGAUCUACGUUGGGAACGGUAGAUACUCAAAAAAUGCCCCAAAUGCAAAGAAAACUUCUCCUCCGAUCAGGCUAUCAAUAUUUUUGACUAAUUUUGUGUGA